GUGGAAAGUAAGCUUCCCCGCCCUUGCUUGGAGAAAGCGCUCAACCGAUAUCACCGAGCUUCGGUCUUACAGUCCCUUAGCUUAGCUCAAUACCGAUCGAGAACUUUUCGAUAUUUUUGUCAAUUUCGCCUUUGGCCACCUCCACAUCCCGUCCUUCCUACAUUCUCUCUCUCCUCUCUUCAACAUCCUUAUCCCCGCACAUUAUCAUGGCCAAUGUAGCGACCACCGCCUUGAGGCGGGCCUCGCGCCUGGGUCUCAAGCAAUCCUUCUCUUCCGUCCCGGCACGGCCGUCCCAGUCUCUACCCAGAUUAGCCGCUGCCACCGUGACAAGGACAGCGCGGAGAGGCUAUGUCUCCGAGACAAAGAGAGACAAUGCCCAGGUCAACGUGGAGACCGCCAUCAGACUGGAUAAGAAGGAUUUUAUGAACGAGAAGGGCGAGCUGGUCAUGCCAGGCUCCGCGAGUGCUCUGAAUGCCGUCGGUAGUCCCGUCGCCGAAGUCCUGAAGGACGCCAAAUUGAUGGACGAGGGACAACGACCCAUCUAUCUCGAUAUGCAAGCCACCACACCCGUAGACCCCAGAGUCUUAGACGCCAUGUUACCUUUUUUCGUUGGUGUAUAUGGAAAUCCGCACUCGCGGACGCACGCAUAUGGGUGGGAAAGCGAGAAAGCUGUCGAGGAGGCCCGCGAGCAUGUGGCGAAACUGAUCGGCGCCGAUCCGAAAGAAAUUAUAUUCACAAGCGGUGCCACGGAGAGCAACAAUAUGAGCAUCAAGGGUGUGGCUAGGUUCUUUGGCCGCUCGGGCAAGAAGAAGCAUAUUAUCACGAGCCAGACUGAGCACAAGUGUGUUCUCGAUAGCUGUCGGCAUCUACAAGACGAGGGCUUCGAGGUCACCUACUUGCCUGUUCAGAACAACGGUUUGAUAAACAUGCAAGAACUCGAGGCCGCCAUCAGACCAGAUACCGCGCUUGUCAGCAUCAUGACCGUGAACAACGAGAUUGGUGUCAUCCAACCCGUCGCCGAGAUCGGCCAGCUAUGUCGGAAGAACAAGGUCUUUUUCCAUACCGAUGCCGCCCAGGCCGUGGGCAAGAUACCCCUCGAUGUGAACGCCAUGAACAUUGAUCUGAUGUCCAUUUCCUCACACAAGAUCUACGGCCCCAAGGGAAUCGGUGCCUGCUAUGUUCGAAGACGACCCCGAGUCAGGCUCGACCCUAUCAUCAGUGGUGGUGGUCAGGAGCGUGGUCUACGAAGCGGUACUAUUGCGCCGCCUCUCGUCGUCGGGUUUGGUGAAGCCUGCCGAAUUGCUAAAGAAGAUAUGGCAUAUGACUCAAAGUACAUCAAAUCCCUCUCUGACCGACUCCUCAAGGGCCUCAUGGCUCUAGAGCACACAACCCAAAACGGCGAUCCUAACCAUUUCUAUCCCGGCUGCGUCAACGUUUCGUUUGCGUACGUCGAGGGCGAAUCACUUCUCAUGGCGUUGAAGGACAUUGCAUUGUCAUCAGGCAGCGCAUGCACGUCUGCAUCGUUAGAGCCAAGCUACGUGCUCCGAGCGCUAGGCAACAGCGACGAGAGUGCCCACAGCAGCAUCCGCUUCGGUAUCGGCCGGUUCACGUCAGAGCAAGAAAUCGACUAUGUCCUCAAGGCCGUGCAAGAACGAGUCACCUUUUUGAGAGAGUUAAGCCCACUUUGGGAACUCGUUCAAGAGGGCAUUGAUUUGAACACGAUUGAGUGGAGUCAGCAUUAGCCUAAUCAUGUCCCUUGGUCUAUAUCCUGGCGAGCGGAGGAAACUAACGUGUAAAAUUAUUAUUAUGAUGAAAUUGGCUUUAUGGAGUUUGGGCAAUCGGUUAGGUGGUUGGGGGAAUUUGCAUCUUUCGGCGUGUCUAUGAUUCCGCCGGCUACCUUCUUUUCCCAUAUCCCACCAUGGGAUGGGCGACCCGUAUGGCAUCCGUUGCAGUUGGAACGGAGCAUCGGUCGCAACGAGUAAAUACCUACAUUGAUGUAUAAUGAUCUCUCGCUGUUCGGGCAUAACGAUGGCGAUGUUGGUACAUUGCCAACCAUGUAUGUAUGCCCGUUCGAUUCACUACAUUUAGCGCCUCGUAGGCCUGAAUCAAAAUACCCAAAAUUGUUUUGAACUACUAA